UUCAGAUUUGACAAGAUCGUUUUCCCGCCGCCGCCCUAACAGCUUCGCGCCAAUUCCAUCGGCCGACCGCAGCAGGCUCUCGUCGCGACGGCGGCGGAUACUCACACUCACCUUCUUCAGCCCGAUUCGCGCCGCCAGAAACCCUAAAGAUCCGCCACCCUCCAAUGGCGGUCCAGCCCGAGCCCGACUACUCCCUCUUCACCGCCCAAGAGAUCGAGUUCGUCGCGGAGGAUGAGCUGAUCGAGAUCGUGCCCAACAUGCGGAUGGAUCCUCUCAAUUUGAUCUGCGGUGAUUUCGGUCCGUUUCUCCCGCAAAUAGCCGCUCGAGUGCCUCUCUGGCUCGCCGUGGCUUUGAAGAAGAGAGGCAAGUGCACGAUCCGGCCUCCGGAAUGGAUGUCCGUGGAAAAACUGACCCGUGUUCUGGAAGCUGAACGAGAUUCUGAAAGAGAAUUUCAGUCUUUACCAUUCCAUUAUGUGGAAAUUUCAAGACUUCUUUUUGACCAUGCACGGGAUGACAUUCCUGACAUUUAUAUGGUGAGGUCUCUCAUCGAGGAUAUAAGGGAUGUAAGAUUUCAUAAAGUGCAAAGCAGCCUGGAGACAUUUGAUGGUCGAACAUCGGCAGUACAAAUAAAAUCCUUAUCGGCUAUGGAGGUGAACAUAGUUCGUCCCUUCGUUGCAAGAGCCCUACAGUCAUUCCAUAAGCUUGAUAGUCUGCUGCCAGAUACAGAUUCAAUGCCCAAUAAUCAACCACAGGAAGCCGAUAAAGCCGCAAAAGGACGACGCGUGCUGCGGGGAAGGUGAAGGCUGCCGCCAGUCAUCCUCAUCAUGUUGUUUCAUGGAAAUGAUGCGCAAGCAAGCAAGCAGAUCAGGAACUUUGUUUUCUCUUAGAGGAUCUGUGGAGGCGUAUUGUUGUGGGCUUUUUCUUUUGAGUGAGCUAUCUUAAGUUGUUCUUUCAAUUUCGUGUUUUAAAGAACAAUUUUACUUUAAUUCACAGCAUGUCUUUUGAGUGAGUAGUAUAAUUGUAUAUAUUUAACUUUCUGAGUACAUUCCUAGGGAUCUUGUAGAUGAUUAAAUCAACCGUUGCUGGUGAUGUUAUCUUGGA